AUGACUUGCAAAUUAGGGUUACACCUGUAUCAGGGUUACACCUGUAUCAGUAUCUGUAUCAGAGUUACAUCUGUAUCAGUACCUGUAUCAGGGUUACACCUGUAUCAGUACCUGUAUCAGAGUUACACCUGUAUCAGGGUUAAACCAGUAUCAGUAUCUGUAUCAGAGUUACAUCUGUAUCAGUACCUGUAUCAGGGUUACACCUGUAUCAGUACCUGUAUCAGUACCUGUAUCAGGGUUACACCUGUAUCAGUACCUGUAUCAGAGUUACACCUGUAUCAGUACCUGUAUCAGAGUUACACCUGUAUCAGUACCUGUAUCAGAGUUACACCUGUAUCAGUACCUGUAUCAGGGUUACACUUGUAUCAGUACCUGUAUCAGGGUUACACCUGUAUCAGUACCUGUAUCAGUGUUACACCUGUAUCGGGAUUACACCUGUAUCAGGGUUACACCUGUAUCAGUAUCUGUAUCAGGGUUACACCUGUAUCAGUACCUGUAUCAGUACCUGUAUCAGAGUUACACCUUUAUCAGUUCCUGUAUCAGAGUUACACCUGUAUCAGGGUUACACCUGUAUCAGUAUCUGUAUCAGGGUUACACCUGUAUCAGAGUUACACCUGUAUCAGGAUUACACUUGUAUCAGUGUACCUGUAUCAUACACCUGUGUCAGUACCUGUAUCAGGGUUACACCUGUAUCAGUACCUGUAUCAGGGUUACACCUGUAUCAGGGUUAAACCAGUAUCAGUAUCUGUAUCAGGGUUACACCUGUGUCAGUACCUGUAUCAGAGUUACACCUGUAUCGGGAUUACACCUGUGUCAGUACCUGUAUCAGUACCUGUGUCAGUACCUGUAUCAGUACCUGUGUCAGUACCUGUAUCAGGGUUACACCUGUAUCAGGGUUACACUUGUAACAGUACCUGUAUCAGUACCUGUAUUGGAACCUGUAUUAGGGCUACACCUGUAUCAGGGUUACACCUGUAUCAGUACCUGUGUCAGAACCUGUAUUAGGGUUACACCUGUACCAGUACCUGUAUCAGGGUUACACCUGUAUCGGGACAUGUAUCAGGAUAACACCUGUAUCAGUGUUACACCUGUAUCAGGGUUACACUUAUAUCAGGACAUUUAUCAGGGUUACACCUGUAUCGGGAUUACACCUGUAUCAGUACCUGUAUCAGUACCUGUAUCAGGGUUACAUCUGUAUCAGUACCUGUAUCGGAGUUACACCUGUAUCAGUAUCAGGGUUUUACUAAGAACCAAUGAUUUGUACUGUGGUAACUUGACCUGGUUUUGUUUGUGGUAUGAAUUGGACUUAACAUAUUCUGCAAUUCAGACAGUUGUUUGGUGCUGUUUUUAUAUUUUGAUGGCAAAGUGUUGUUUUUUUUUAUAUUCUCAUUGACGUGUAUUUGCUAUUGAUGCAUAUUAAGUUGAAAAUAAAUUUCAGUGUCCGGUCCAUUACAAUUUCAGAUUCGGUUAAAUAUCAUUUUCAGUGUCAAAUCUAAUAAUGUUUGUUGUCUGAAUAGUUAAAAUGGUAAGGGUGAUCACAGACAAGAUAUGAUAUGGAGGAUCUCAUUGGUAACAUGUUAUACAUAUGUAGUGGGGCUAAGAAAAGGCAUUGUGUGUGUUGGGGAUGAAAGCACAUACAUAUGUAACCUCCCUCCAAUCUCUAUAAUGUGUUUCAAAAGACGAUGAGACUUAUCUUGUGUUAAAUGAUAGCACAGUAUCAAAGAGUGGGAGAAUUUUCUGAAAGGCACUAGAAACCUAUUUUGUUUGUGAUGUGAAAUGCUAAACUUGAUCAAUACAUGUGUGAUUGGUUGGUGAAAAUGUAAAUGAAUUAAGGCUACCCUAGUAUGUUCCAACAUAUUUUGUGAUAAGUACUUCCUGAAAUGUUAAUCAGUGUCAAACAGUUAAACCGUUGUUAACAUUCCAUACAGAUGCAACUACAUGUUGCAAGGCUGGAGUUUGUAAGCACUUUGGGUAUACUUGAUUGGAAGGAAAUUGCUCAGAGUUCACUGGACGUUAUUGCUCUAUGUGGAAUAAUGUAGAUUUUUUCUCAAAACAUGCUUCAUAUGUUGCUUCAGAUGUUAGACAUGCUUACAAAAUAGGGGUACAAUCCUGAUACAACUAUUAAAUACAUCAUAUCAGUCAUGUUAUGUUGUGAAAUGUGAGAUAAAUUUGUCGAACAACAUAUCAAUAAUGGGAAGUGAAAUCAUCGUUAAGGUGAAGGUUAGAUACAGUAUGAUAACAUUGGGUAAUCCUAUGAGAGUUGAUCUCCACUUCCUUAGUAUUGAUUAAUCUGAAUAUGAUUUGUAAAUAUGGAGUUUUACGAGAUUACAGAUGUUUAUGUUUUGUAAUGUAAUACACAUGACAUCAAGAUUACAUUGCAGUCAUUAACAUUUAAGGUAAAAAUGUACAAAAAUCUGUUGUUCCCACACACUAGUCAUCUUUGCAGUGUAUAGGUCUCACAAUUGAACAUCUCAGUAAAUCCAGACUGACCGUGUCAAUUUUUGUGUAAGAAUGUUUUGUAUGAGAGAUAAAACAUAUCUAUCUGUGUGGUCAUAUCAGAUACACUUAGAGACAAGUCAAUAUUAAACCAGAAUUUCAUCAACUGUUACUAGUAUUUAUAUAUGUGGUAUACUGACAUUCCGUGUAUUUAGCAAACUGUUUUUCUAAAGUUUGUUUCUUAGCCAAGUUAGCUCUUAAUUUGAACAAAGUUUUUUUCAUUCAUGACAUAGGUGAGAGUUAUCAGUGUAAUCUUGUACAGAUAAAGAUUUUUUUUUUAAUUUCACAACUACUAAAACAAGUAUCAACUACUGGUACCUGUAAUAAUGCAUUUAUACUAAUAAUGUAUAUCAAAUUAUCUCCCCUUUCUUAUCAAUGACACCAGAUCAUUCUUAUAUCAUUAAUUUUUUUAUAAACGAAUAUCUCUGGUCCAACCAUGUAGACAGCGAUUAAUAUAAAUGGCCCAGCUGCAUCAGUACAUAUGUAGGUGCCACAAGAUUAUUUCCUUUUUCUUGUCAAUUACAAGUUUUUGGCUAGUUUUACUUCUUGAAACUUUCAAUAAUGAUUCAAUCUGCUGUUCUGUUUGUGUUAUGGAUAAUGAUAAGUAAUGUUUCAGUCCACUGAUACUAUUAAUCACAUGUGUUACUGGAUAAUGAUAAGUAAUAUUUCAGUCCACUGAUACUAUUAAUCACAUGUGUUACUGGAUAAUGAUAAGUAAUGUUUCAGUCCACUGAUACUAUUAAUCACAUGUGUUACUGGAUAAUGAUAAGUAAUGUUUCAGUCCACUGAUACUAUUAAUCACAUGUGUUACUGGAUAAUGAUAAGUAAUAUUUCAGUCCACUGAUACUAUUAAUCACAUGUGUUACUGGAUAAUGAUAUAAUAGUAAUGUUUCAGUCCACUGAUACUAUUAAUCACAUGUGUUACUGGAUAAUGAUAAGUAAUAUUUCAGUCCACUGAUACUAUUAAUCACAUGUGUUACUGGAUAAUGAUAUAAUAGUAAUGUUUCAGUCCACUGAUACUAUUAAUCACUGCAAUCUUUUCACACUUGUUCUACUUUAAUUACAUUGUUUUGUUUAUUAGGACUUUGUUGAUGAUUUUCAUACAAAAAAGUAUGAAUUUAAAUUCAAUUUAAUGAAUAAAUGAUUAUUUGUAUAA